CCGGUGGCGCGACACGGACCUCGUGCGCGCCGUGCAUUCGCUACAACGUCAAAAGAGGAUCCACGUCAAUUGUCUUCCUUUUGAACGGGGAGCAAGUUGAUCAUUAUUUUAUGAUUGCGUGCACAAAACAAAACAAAACAAAACACGUUUCCAUCUCUCGUGGAGCACAGGAAGUACUAUUGGCAUCCAUGAAAGUGUUGCGCUUUAGCUGCCCGAUUUACAUUCAGGGUCAUAAACCGGCAACUUGUACUAAAGACUUUAACGGGUGCCUUAAAAGCACAACUAAGCAAUAUUUUUUUUUUUUUUUUUUAAAGCCUCGGGACUGUGAGGUGUAAUUUGAUUUGACGCUGCCGUUAUAAAUCUGAAUUGACCGCAGUGAUCGCACGGUUGUUGAAAUUAGUUUGCUAUCUUCUCGCUACUAGAACUACAAAACAUGCUGGGAUAGGCUCCAGCACUCCCGCAACCCUUCCAUGUUCAACCUUAUUCCGGUGGGUCUGCGAGUGGUGGCCAUCCAGGGGGUGCAGACCAAACUCUACCUGGCUAUGAACAGCGAGGGCUACCUGUACACGUCGGAACACUUCACGCCGGAAUGCAAAUUCAAGGAGUCAGUGUUCGAGAACUACUACGUGACGUACUCCUCCAUGAUCUACCGCCAGCAGCAGUCAGGCAGGGGCUGGUACCUUGGUCUGAACAAGGAGGGAGAAAUCAUGAAGGGCAACCACGUCAAGAAGAACAAGCCGGCUGCCCAUUUCCUGCCCAAACCUCUCAAAGUGGCGAUGUACAGAGAGCCAUCCCUCCACGACCUAACGGAAUUCUCCCGCUCCGGUAGCGGCACGCCCACCAAGAGCCGGAGCGCCUCCGCGAUGCUGAACGGCGGCAAAGCUGUGAGCCAGAACGAGUCGACGUAGCGCCGCCUGCCAGAAUCAACCUUGAAACCUUACCUCCAACAGAGCGUGAAUCCAUGCAGACCCUUUCUAGAAUCAGCAGUUAAGCAACAUACCACACGUUAACACCUGCAGUAGAAAAACGUCAUUACCUACAAUUAAAACACACUUCGGUGCAUUGCUCAUGACUUCCAACAACGGCAUUAAUAGCGAGACACGUCAUGGCACAUUAACCAUCCGAGACACAAAGUUAGUCUCUUUUUUGGGCUAAUCUUUUUACUAUUUCCUCACCAGUUAGCUCAUCUAUUAGUUGACUUUUCUUGUUUUCCUGUGCACACAAACACUUCUGAGCUCAUGUAGACAACAAGCACUUGCGCAUCCAUCAGUCAGGGGCAGGGGUCGCUGGGCUUUCCCGACAACCAGGUGUGGGUCUCGGAGGCAAGCCCUGAUCUCUGUCUCGUCCAUGCUUCUGUGAAUACAAAGCCUAUAAACUCCCUGGCGUGGCCCGACCCGGUUCCGCCGGUGACCCGAGGCCCCAGCCAGACAGUAGCUCUCCUUGCGUCCUAGUGCACGUGCUCCGAGACUGAUCUCUCGAGCAUGGGGAAAGCCAAGCCUACGCUCGUCGGACCCGUCACGUGAGGUCCGAGCGUGGAGGCUCUUUAACUUUUCCCUUUUUAAGAGACGCCACAGCUGCCCUUCUUUCUGCUAAUUUCACAAUUAGCCAAGAACGUUUUCAUUUCACUUUUUUUUCCCGACCGGUUCUCAUUGUCGCCUCUUGUUGUCCCACCCUCGACAUUGUUCGGUAUUUUGGUCGCACUGUUGAACGGGGUUCCAGCAAACCAAAGACUGAACGAAAGAGUGUCCCUUUAAGUCGACGAUGCCAGUAUGAAGGCAAAGCUGGAUUCAUUUUUUUUCUUCUUCCCCUCACUCCUCAAUGUACGUUUAUUUUGGACUUGUGCUAACAUGGCUACAAAAAUGAUGAUGUCAGUCACACUGGAGUGAUCAAUGUUUUUUUCUGAGGAUCCGCUCAAUGGCCGAGAUACGAAACGACUUCGC